GUCGAACUGUCAAGCGUGUUGCAAAGAUGGCGGCCAUCCAAGGGACGCCCGAGUCCGACGCUGGAAGUUUUGAGUGUUUUCAGAAUUACACAGCCCCGGAGGUUUUCGUGCAAGGUCUAGCUGGCAUCGUAGAUCAACAAGAUGUAGAAUCCAUGAUUCGUGCUCAGAAACAAAUGCUCCAAAGAUUCGAGAAAACGAACGAAAUGCUAACAAAUUGCAAUCAGCUAUCGAUAAAUCGUUUGAAGACUGCGGGAGCCGAGUUUAAGAAACACACGACAUUGUUAGCAGAGAUGAAACGAGAUUUGGAUCACAUUUUCAAGCGGAUUCGAGUAGUCAAGACGAAACUGAGCCAACAAUAUCCGCAGGCGUUCAAUGAGGCUGUAAGGAGUAGCCUAGCAGAGGAAGUUAUCGUCGAAGACAUUGUGCCAGGUCCACCGCCUCUUCAGCCUGAAAUAUUACCAUUACCUUUGCCCGUGGACAGUCAUGUUACCGAUGGAGAUCCAGACUCAGACGCACCGUUGCGAAACACGGAGUCUUUCGUUGGGAGGUUGAAGCAACGCGCGUUCCAGUGGAGGAGUUCCAAUUCGCAAAACUUCGGAAAAGACGAGUAAAGAGCAGCAAUAGCUCAUCGACCGAAAGCAACAACGAAAACAGCAACGCCGAAUCCUCACCGUGCACCUCAGACACUGGCUGAUGAAAUUUUAGAAUUUUCCAACAGCCGAUUGAGGAACUCGUAAGAAUCCCAAACAAAUUAGCCGACAAUAAACAGUAACUUCGCUAGAAAGCAAACGUUCAACAUUGAGGCCCCGGGAUUUAAUAUUGUUACGAUAUGUACAAUAAUUAAAAAUAUGUAUAUAUGUAAACAGCUCAUGUACGAAAAAUCGCGAGUUUAUACAUCGAUAUAUAAUACUACUAUACAUAUACACCUAUUAUAUUAUUAAUCGACUAAUAGUUUUGAAUGUACUUUAUCACGUUACUUUUUUCAUUCAUUUUGCAAUGUAAGCUAUCGAACACACUUUAUAUGCCUAAUAAACAACAUUAUUAUUA